AUGAGUAUUAAUGAUAUUCGCGCGGGAAUCCCGUUACCAGUCGUAAAUCAUAUUUCAUCACAGCUUGAAGCAAACCCUGACACCGGCGGAAUAAGACUACAAGCACCUAAAACGGCGGAAGAGCCGUAUCCAGAUUAUGGGGAAAAGGCAAGUGAAGCGGCCCGCUUAUUUGGAAGAAUAUCAGACCGAGUUUUCCCAAUUGGGAAAUCGUACUCUCAAGGAGAGUUCGAGCAAGGAGAAGACGAAUACGAAUGGGACAAUAGUUCCGGCGAAGAAUAUCUCUCAGAAUCAGAAGACGAACCUGCCAAUCAUCAAAACAAACCCUUCUCCGAUCCAGCAGGCGGCAGAAUGGCAAGAAAAUCUGACGAAACAUUUGAACAAGAUUGGAAUAGGCGAUCCAAACGGUCUGCCAAGUGUUUCGCCAGUGAUGUCACCGGCUCUUUUAUCGAAGAUGAACGGAAUCAACUUUCUGACAGUGAUGACAGGCGAAACAGCUCCUCCUUUGCCUCCAGAUACAAGCAACAAAGAAACUUUCCCAAGCGUAGAAAACGACCAAUUAUCCGUCACCGAUAUGGACACUAUGGAGACGAGGAUGACAACCGAAACGGACCCUUCUAUUACAAUGAAAGAACCGACGAAUUCGAGUACGGAGAGCCAAGAUUGGUGGGAGAGUCCUCAAGAAAAGUCGCCACUGCCGUCAAGGGGGAACGCCAACGAAGAACCGAUGGAUUUAGACCCGUUAGAUUUAGGUCCAGACGCGUUGGAAAGACUCCCUCCACAACCGGCUCCGUUACCACCCCCACCGCCAACAAUGCCACCACCCCCGAUCAAAUCAUCACAAUUACCGAUGACGAGGAUGAAGAGCAGCAGCCAACAAAGCCAAGAAAACGAGUUGUCACCCCCUUCCGCUUACCAAAAGGUUCCACAACAGCAGCAGAAUCAAGCAGUGGAUCAAGCUCCGAGGGAGAACCUGACGAGGGAGACCCGCUCACAAACAUCGACAACUUUUGGGGAUGA